UUUAUGAAGGCCUCUGAUUUAUUCUUUUGAUAUUCUCCCUCUUUCAUGAUGUGCGACUAUCUCUAGGUGGCAGCAGUCGCUCGGUUUGGGGGGACAAUUUCCCCCACUUCUAAAAUUUCACAAGCAAUUUUUUCAUUUGCAAACGGACAUACACCUCUAACAAGGCGGACACUCAAUGGCUUAAUACCAACCAGUACUGGUUGCAGAGCCAAUCAAAAGAAGAAAAAAAAGAAGGAAUAUUAGUACACGCAGUUCACUUGAUACACAACGUGAUUGACACUCAAACAAAUCCUUGUGACAAUUAUCUCACAGCAGAACAUAAGAAUAUUUAUUGAAUGAUGGCAGCGUUAUUCCGCAUGAAUUGCAUGCAGAGUUUGCGUCAGGGCUUAGCUCUAAUGUCACCCAAGGAGACAAUAUAUCGUAGGAUAGCGACGACAUCGAAUCGUCACGAUGGAAUCAAGGAAGAGACGAAGCCUGUCAAGAGGAAGUGGGUGAGUUAUGGCUUCAGUCACAAGAAUGAAAUAGAAGAUCGUCAUGCUCUGCACCAGACCAUGUUUGUCUGUGUAAGCAUAGUCUUUGUGAUUGGAUGCACCGUCAUGGCUUAUUUACCUGAUGUCAGAGGCAAGGACUGGGCACAACGAGAAGCUUACCUGCAACUCCGUUAUAGAGAGGAACAUGGACUUCCUCCUAUUAGUCCCAAUUAUAUUGAUGCAUCAAAGAUAAUACUGCCAACUGACGAAGAGCUAGGUGAUACAGAAAUUAUCAUUUAAAAAGUAUGUCUGGAUAACACUGAUUAAACUUUGAGUGUUAUUACUGCCUAUCUAUAGCCAUCUAGUACUUGUUAUAUUAAUUUAAGAUAGCAUAUAAUAAAUACUGCUUUUAUGCAGAUUGAAAUUCUUUAUCUAUUUGAAAAAAGGUAAUUCACAGUUUUACAGUCCUCAAAAGAAAAUAGUCUGGAUACAGAAGUAUUUAUAUUCAUUAACACGUGUACUAAUUAUUGUAAUUAAAAUUAUAGAUAAUACACAGAAAGUUAAUAUGACAAUUUUUUAUGAUGCAAUAAUAUUAUGAUGCAAUAAUAUUAUAUAAUUAGGA